GGAGGGAGAUCGCGCAGGUUGCUGUGGCCGGGAAGAGGUGGAAGGGAUUCCCCUCCACCCCCCCUUUCAUUUUUUUCCUCCUCCUCCUCCUCCUCGUUGCACAUCUGAGGGCGGCAGCGGGGCUGGCUCCCCCCUCCCGGAGGUCGCCUUUGUUUUGUUCGUGUCGCUUCUCCCGAGCAGCCGAGGGGGCGGGAGGGGGCCGGGGCCGUGCCGGGCUGGGCUGUGCCGUGCUGGGCUGGACCGGCCGCCCCUUCUCCUCGUCGGCCGCCGGAGCUCUCCGAGUUGGUGCCGCUCCCCCGGGCGGCGCUUUCCCCCCGGCCGGGGCUGAGCAGCGGCCGCUGCCCGGGACCCCCAUGGCACCGCCGCGAUGUUCGUGUCCCGGCUCCUGGAUUUCCAGAAGACGCGCUACGCCAGGUUCAUGAAUCACCGUGUCCCAUCCAACUGCAGGUACCAGCCCACGGAAUAUGAGCAUGCAGCCAACUGUGCCACCCACGCUUUCUGGAUCCUGCCCAGCAUCCUCGGCAGCUCCAUCCUCUACAUCCUCUCUGAUGACCAGUGGGAAACCAUCUCAGCCUGGAUCUAUGGCUUUGGCUUGUCCAGCCUCUUCAUUGUCUCCACCAUAUUCCACACCAUCUCCUGGAAGAAGAGGCAUCUCAGGACUGUGGAGCACUGCCUGCACAUGUUUGACAGGAUGGUGAUCUACUUCUUCAUCGCCGCAUCCUACGCUCCCUGGUUGAACCUGAGGGAGCUGGGUCCCUGGGCCUCCCACAUGCGCUGGAUCAUCUGGAUCAUGGCAUCCAUUGGGACCGUCUACGUCUUCUUCUUCCACGAGCGGUACAAGCUGGUGGAGCUGGUGUGCUACGUUAUCAUGGGCUUCUUCCCCGCCUUGGUCAUCCUCUCCAUGCCCAACAGGGACGGGCUCCUGGAACUGGUGGCCGGUGGCUUCUUCUACUGCCUGGGCAUGGUGUUCUUCAAAAGCGACGGGCGCAUCCCCUUCGCCCACGCCAUCUGGCACCUCUUCGUGGCCAUCGGAGCUGGCAUCCACUACUACGCCAUCUGGAGGUACCUGUACCGCCCGGGGGCGCUGGACACCAAAACCUCCCGCUAGAAAGCCUUAAAGACUUUGUUUGUGCCACCUGGGGACACGGAGGGCAGCGGUGACACAGCCCCAGUCCGCCCUCUCGCCCCGUGGGCAGCAGCUGUUGGUGCCCUGCCCGCACAGACAGGAGAGCCUGGAGGUUGAUUUUAAAUAUCUUUCUUUUUUUUUUUUUUUUUUUAAACCUCGGGAACUGUUUAUUUUUUUAGGCAAAGGUUUCAGAGCACAGUGACUGGCUGGGCUGUGGGUGAUAGGAGUGACCACUCGCUGGGAGCUUCGCUCACUCGCCUGGUCUUGAGCAUCCCACGGGACUGGGAACCUUGUCCCCACAUGCCCCUGGCUAUGACACCCUGGGUUUGGCUACUGGAGUGCUUAGAGUGUGCCACUGAGGGCACUGGAGGAGUCAGGACGAGGGCAGAGACACAGUGGUGGAGAGGGAUGUGGUGACAGCCCUGCACCACCUGGACUGGCUCCCAAAUCGUCCUGAGUCCUGUCAGCAUUAACAGCUCCAUCCCAGACCUUGAGGGGAUGGUCCAUACUCAACAAGCCUUACAAGAGAUUGAAACUUGAAUCUCUUCCAGGGCAUCCCAGUCCCUGAGCACUGGGAAACCCUUUCUCUAAGCCAAUAUGAAGUGCACAACUCAUCAUACAUCCCUGGGAUCCCCUGUGGACAUUUUCUCCCUGGAGCUCUUGGUUUUCCUCUCCAGCCUGGUGCCAGUGGCAGCCUGAAGCACAGUCCUGCUCCCAGGCCCUGCUGCACGUGUGCCUUCAGCAGGGAGCAGAGUGGGAUACAGCUCCUGGCAUCUCCCUGACUGGAGAUUCCCUCCAUCCACUUGAGGGGAUUCCCUUUCUCCUCGAGGGAGGGAAGAGAACCUCCUUGGACUGGGGUCACGGGGCUGGUGAAGGCAUCACCUGCCCUCUCUGCUCCCAUUUUGCUGAUGAACCUAUUGCUCAUCAGAUUUAAUUCCACUUUUGGAAAGAUUUCUGGCAUUCCCAGGAUUGCUGCAGGGCAGGAAUGCAUCCACACGAAGCCUGGGUGUGAGCUGUGAUGGAGAGAUCCCAGUGAUGCUCAGUUUUUGGAUGCCUAACCACGGCCACACAGUGCUACCACAGGCCAGUGACACAUGGAACACCCAUCCAGCUGCUGGGAGCAGCAGAAGGGCAAAACCACACUUGAUCCUGCUCCCCAAACACCCUGGCAGAGCUGCUGGAGCCAGGAGGGUGUGGUGUGUGCUGGGCUGAGCCUGCACCUUCCCCACCAGCCCCAAAGGAACCAAUAGCCCAUCACCUCUUUCUGGCUUUUGAUAAAUCACAGCUGCAUCCUCUGGCACGAUGUGGCAAGAGAAGGAGAUUUUUGGCCACCAUCCCACAUCUCCUGUUUCUCCAGCAGCAUUCCAGGAGCUGAGCAGAGCUUAGGGUCCCCCAGCCUGUGGCAGCCCAGGACUGGCUCGCCAGGGCUGUGCCACUGUGCAGCAAAUUACCAAAGAGGAAGCAUCCGGAUACUCACCCCCUCCUGUGGUCGUGGUUGCCAGGCUGGCAAAAAUAUCUGCUGGGUUUUCACUUCCACAAGCAGAAGGUUCCUGUAAAAGGCUCUGGGAGCUGUACCCAGCACCCCAGCCUGGCGUGGGGCUGCUGGGGGUCUGUGCCCAGGGCACCCCAAAGCAGCCCUUGGGGUGGAGGGUGGUCUUAGGGACGGGGGUGAACGAGCUGCUGUGAGCCCAGCCCUGGCCCUGUCACCUGCUGUGAGCAAUGGAGCAUGUCCAGGGUUGGAAUAGCAGGAUACAGAGAUCCCAGAAUGGGAGAUGCCAUAUUUUCUGUCUGGCAAGUCAUUACCCUUCUCCGUGCCUCAGUUUCCCCAUCUGUAAAACAGGGGUGGAGACCCUGACCUACCUCACAGGGCUCGUGUGAGGACCCCGUGAAGCACCUGGAGGGCAGCCAGAGCUUCACAAACACCUGCUUCAGUUUUCACUGGGUCUGGGGGAGCCCAGAGCCACCCUGGGGCACGGUGACAACUUCAGCUCUCCUCCCCCUCUGUCCCCAGACACCACAGGGAGCCACCCUGGGGUCAGGCCAGGCAAGCAGCACUCCCAGGCACAGGCAGAUGUCCCCUGGCAGGGCUGAGGGUGCCCAGGGACCACCACCCUGUUUCACCCAUAGGCUUCAUCCCAAGGGAUUUAUCUCACAAACUGUUUUGCCAUUUGUGGUCUCUUGGCCCUAAAUCUGUCCCAAGGGCUCCCGAGGCACAGGGAGGUGCCAGAAGGACCUUUCUGAGGCUGCUUCAUCUCAGUCUCCUGCUGAAAAUCCAGGGCAGGGCACCCGGGCAGGAGUGGAUGGCUGGGCUCUGAUGGGAGCAUCACACCCUGCCUUCAGCCUGGAUUUGCAGAGUAGGCUUCUCUGCAACUGAGAGGCUCCCCCUCUCCUCUUCCUCCUAAAUCCUCCCCUUGCAAAGCAUGGGGGGCACAGAGCAAGUUAUUGGAUCGUCCUCCUAUUUUAUACUAAUUUUAAAUGACUCACAACAUUCAGGAUGUUUGUGGAGGAGGGCUCGAGGGAUCUUUUUAGCAUCUCAUGUUUUUCACCAUCCAUCUUUGUUCAAUCAGUAUUUUAUAUUUAACACAGUAUUGGGUCAAAUACAAACAAAUGUAAGGAAGAUAACGCUAGUGGAUGUUGUUUCCUGUGGAGUAGGAUCGAAAUAAAAACUCAAGAUACCUCA